AGAAGAAAGGGAGACUCAAUCUCAGUCGCUCUCUGAAUCUCAUUUCGUUCACUCCUAGUUUCGCAUCUUCUUUGUCGCCUCCACUUUUUUAGCUGCUUCUCCACCCAAGUUGCACCCACCUCAUAGCAAUUCUCCCACAACAAUUGUGUGGAAGCACGAUAUAAUUCCUACCAAGUGAAAUUCAGUGGAGUAUUCUUUACACACUUUUUUUACCGAGACGCUCUUGGAUUAAGGCUGGAGCAGAGAGAGAGGAAAUCACAUCAGACAUCAAACCUUAAAUCUGGCCACGCUCCUCAUCCAUCUCUCUCGUCUCGUAGCGUUCAAACGAUGCAAUGUCAACACUGCACAUCCACUCGGGUUCAUUCCUCGUCGUCUCAAGCAUGUGGUGUGGCCACGGAGAAUUUAUUUCGAUUUUCCCUAUAUUUAAGACGCCCUCACAACAUUUGCAUUGAUGCUGCGUGGUUCGUACAAGUCGUGUUACGGGGAUUAUAUUGAAUGACACCAGGCGAAUGAGUGAAGCAGUUUGGUCAAUAGAUUUAUUAUCGCCUUCGUCUUCCCAUCAGACCAAAUCUCUUCGACACACUUCCAUAUUUAGAAUUCUGCCAGGAUCCACAGACUCCUCGAGGGACAAGAACGCCGCUGCUGGAAAAGUUGUUCUUUAAUGAGACCCAGCGUCAAGAAGAGAAACGGCGUCAGUGAAACUGGGGGUGGUACAAAAGUGAUUGACUAAAGAUUAAAGAGUCGCCAUCUCCUUCGAUCUGCUGAUCUCUUCAUCGUCUCCUAUGCAGAUAAAAAUUAAAAUUUCGUGAAUAGAGGUUUUAAAUAUUUAUUCAGUGUGUCGUGAAAUAAAGCGAGCAGUGCGUCAAAACAUUGAAUUGUAAGUAGUUUAAGAGGUUUAAAGCAUUGUUAUCUUUGAGAAAGAGAUAGGAGCAGGCUGUCCACUCCCUUAAAAGGACACUCACAAAUACUCCACCUCAAGAUUUCAGAUUUCUGACUCUUCUCAAAACACAGCCAAAAAAAGACGACGCUGAUUCUCACAGACCGGACGGAUACUCGUCGCCCACGGUGGAAUAAAACUCUUUUUACGUUUUUUUAAUCUUAAAGACUUGAAUGUGACAAGAAAGUGAAGUGCUUUUGAUUCCUCUUGGACUGAAAACAUGCCACUAGUCACCAACUGUUGCGGAAUAUGGGACCUCCGAGCAGGAUCCCGGAAUAUUGCUAUUGUGUCGAUGAUCUACGACCUCUUGAUGACAGCCCUUCUGCUGCUAACUCUUCUGCUCUACAUCCCUCGUGUCAAGUGGGAGGAGGGCGAGGAGGGUGAACCUUCUCGAGUCCUAUUCGCCACCCACAGCCAAGCUUGUCAGAUCCUGUUGAUCAUCACUAUCUCGGUCCUGGCGCUGCACUCGAUCCCCAGUUUCCUCCUCCUCUACUCCACGUGGGAGGAGGCAACACGAGGAGUUGGAUUCUGGCUGUUUAUGAGUUGGUUGGGGCUUUUAGUGCAUUGGGCCUGGAUCCCCGUGCCGUUCCUCUUCGGAUGGGCAUUGGAGUGCAAAGUGGUUGAGGUCACGUCCAUUGGAAUCGUCUCCAUCUUCAUCAUCUACUUCAUCUCCGUGGUCUCGUCGUACAGGAAGCGGGUGCUUCUGCGAGAUCAGGACAUGCGUUCAAAGCGGAGACUCAUUUAAAUCACCUCAGUCUUUUGGCCAUUGUGUAAAAAUUUGAAUAGGAUGCCAAUUGUAUGAUCAAGUGCAAUCCUGUGCGUUGCACUGCUUAUUAUGUUUUACUCCUCGCCUUUGUCCUGCUAGAGGAUUAUUCUUAUCGUGUGCACCAGAGACUUUUACUUAAGUAUUACCAUCGCACGGUACCAAUAUAAAUACACAAUUAAGUACGUGGGUGUGUCAACCUAUUUCUGUACAACAACCGCUAUAUAUUGGUUAUUCUUAUCAUGAUUUAUAUACUUAACAAAAUUCACCAUUGCUAGAUUUGAAAGAUGAUGGUGGUGACAAUCGGUGCGUUCAAUGUAUUACUUUAAUUAGACACAUAAUUGAAUAAUGCAUCCUUAAUGAAAUAUUAUAACAUAAUAAAUACGGGAGAUUGAUAUUAUUAUUUUAGGAGGAAAGUGUCUUUGUAAUUAUGAUCAAGUUGAGAAUAAAUAAGAGAUUUAAACCGCA